AGAAGAAGCAGAAGCAGAAGAAGCAGCAGAGCAGCUCCGUUCAUGAUCAAACCUCAGUGUGUUUGUUCUCAGAUCUCUCGGUUGUAGGGCUGUUGUUUAGCAGUCAGUAUGGCGGUAGUCAUCAGGCUGCAGGGUCUGCCCAUAGUGGCCGGCACCAUGGACAUCAGACACUUCUUCUCUGGCCUCACCAUCCCUGACGGGGGAGUGCACAUCGUGGGGGGUGAGCAUGGCGAAGCCUUCAUUGUCUUUGCUACUGACGAGGACGCCCGGCUGGGGAUGAUGCGUACAGGUGGGUCCAUUAAGGGAUCCAAAGUCUCACUGUUGCUUAGCAGCAAGACAGAGAUGCAGAAUAUGAUUGAACUCAGCCGCCGCAGGUUUGAGGCUGGUGCUGGCGCUGUGGAGACCGCGCCGCCAACUUCAGGAAACGCCAACCGACAGGCAGGCCCCGCCCCCAUACCCACAGUGCAGCCAGGGGCAGGGGCAAGAAGCAGUAGCCAUGGAAACCAAGGUUUUGGUAACAACCCAGCCUCAGUGACAGCAGCAAGCUCAUCCCAAGAGCCACAGAUCAACAAAUCUGUGGCAAGUGUGGUGCCCAGCUUCCCCAACAGCUACAGCUCUGCCCCCACAAUCACCACAGCUCUGGCAUCUCUCAAUGCAGGCCCCCCACCCAUUCCUCCACUUCCCAGCAUGCCUUCCAUGCCCCCCAUGCCCACGCUGCCCACCAUCCCAGUUCCCCCUCCAGUGUCCUCCCUUCCCCCUGUUCCUACUGUCUCCCCCUUGACCCAAGGACCUCCAGUACCUCCUAUGUCCCACCACCUCCCUCACAUGUCCUCCCUGCCUCCCUUCAACCCCUCCCUACCUCCCCCAGGAGGACUGGGCUCCGGCCUCCCUCUUGGAACCCCCAAUCCCAUGCUGUUCAACCCUCUGUCCCCCCUGGCCUCUCUGGGCCUCCAGGCCCACAUGAAGGCUGCUGCUGCUGCUGCUGCUGGAGCUGGAGUGGCCCAUCCCGACGAGUUAUACAUCCUCCUGCAGAACCUCCCAUUCUCCUGCUCAGAGAUGGACGUCAGGGAGUUUUUCCGGGGUCUCGGGGUGGAAGGGGCUCGCCUGAUGAGGGACGGGCAGGGUCGGCCCACUGGCAGGGCUAUGGUCAAGUUCUUCUCGCCACAGGAAAGCUUUGAAGCUGUAAAGCGGGGAGGUGGCAUGAUGGGCCAACGGUUCAUUGAGAUCAGUCCAGGCUCCGAGCGGCAAUGGGCCAGCCUAAACGACGGCAUGAUGGGCCAACCUCCUCACAAUAUCAUCAAAUCAAAUAACAUGAACGAGUCACAGGACCAGCAUCACCGCCGAGGUAACGCUGGUCCAGGAGGCAGGGAUCAGCGAGGAAGGUCUCGAUCUCCUCACCGGCAGGAGUUCUGUGUCUACCUGAAGGGCCUUCCCUACGAGGCCGACAAGAAACAGAUAAAGGAGUUCUUUAACAAUUUGGCCAUCAUGGAGGACAGCAUCUAUAUCGCCUACGGGCCCAAUGGGCGCGCCACAGGAGAGGGAUUCCUUGAGUUCAAAACAGAACAAGACUACAAGACUGCUCUGGGUGCUCACAUGCAGUAUAUGGGCACCCGCUUCAUCCAGGUCCACCCAAUCAGCCGGAAGGGAAUGCUUGAAAAGAUAGACACCAUCCGCAAACGAGAAGCAGCACAGGGUGAUGGUAAGAACCAGGAUGGCAUGAAAGUUCCUAGGAACUGUGCCCACAUCACCAAUAUCCCUUACAAUGUUUCCAAGAAGGAUGUCCGUGCCUUCCUGGAGGAUGUGGGACUUUACGAGGACACCCUAAAGGUUCUGACAGAUAGCCAUGGCAACGGUUUAGGGCAAGCUAUCUUCCAGCUGCGCACCGAGGAAGAUGCCCGCAAAGCUGAAAGACUGCACCGCCAAAAACUCAACGGCCGUGAUGCCUUUGUCCACUUGGUGACCUUUGAGCAAAUGAAGGAAAUUGAGAGGAAUCCUCCUCCCCAGAACAAGAGGGGCCAACGCAACCAGAACCAACAGAACCAAAAUCAGAACCAGCACCAGCAAGCCCAGCCCACUCCCCAACAACCUCAGAUCAACCCAUUUGCAGGUAUUAGUGGGGAGGAGUUUAACUUCCUCAGAAACACCAUGGGGAACCUCAACAGCGCCCCCUUUGUGACACCAUUCUCAGCCCCAGGAAACGGUCUGGCAGGUCCUCCUCCUCUACCUCCUCUGGCGGCAGGACUCGGGGACGUGAAUCUGGGCGUGGCUCCUCCACUAGUCGCUGGUCUUCCUGGAGCUCCAAUCCUGGAGCCACCAGGCUUUCGCCCCGCUGCAGGAGGAGCGCCGUUCAGCCAGGAUGGGCUAAGAGGGUUGGUGCCCUUUGACAACGCCAACAGAAAAGGAGGCGGCGGAGGUCAGACCAGAGGGGGCGGAGCUAACAACAACCAAGGACGCCAAGGGGCCGGGGCUAACGGGGGACAGCAGGUGUUUAACCCAGCCGACGGCCUGCGGAACCAGCCGGCUCCUGGAGGAUCGAACAACCCAAACAACCAACGUGGUGCCGCCGGCCCGACGAUCGUUAAGAUUCAGAACAUGCCGUUCACGGUAACGGUGGAUGAAAUCAUGGACUUCUUCUACGGCUACCAGGUGCUGCCGGGCUCAGUCUGCCUGCAGUUCAGUGAUAAAGGCCUGCCAACAGGUGAGGCCAUGGUGGCCUUCCAGAACCACGAGGAAGCCUCCGCCGCCGUUAUGGACCUCAACGACCGACCGAUCGGAGCACGCAAAGUCAAGAUCAGCCUCGGUUAAAACAAACCGACUGUAUAAAAACAUAUUUCACUCACCUGGAUCAACCAUCCAGCCAGUAUGAACCAUACCAGAUUCUGGACUCGAACCCAAGCACCGACCGCACAGUUUAGACUUUGUCUGCCAUUGACUGUCAGUCAUUACUGAGACUCCUCCCCCUUUGUGUAGAUAAUGACGGGUAAGCCCCGCCCCCUACAGUCUGGCCAGUAGGAAGACUCUGAUUCAGACUUUGCUUGUUUCUGCCGCUCCACCCAUAGAUAUCUAUAUAAACACUGGAUGGCUGUUCCCAAUGGAGACGACGUCCUGGCGUGGCGGCCAUCUUGCCACAGGCAGCUCACCCUCAUGACAUCCGUCUACUGUUCA